AUGCGAGAGACCAAUUACAGAUCGGUGACUGGUAAUCGUGCUACCGUUAGUAUAUCUCAGACCGUUUACGAUAGAAGAGCUUUGGAUAAUGUUUCUGAUUUACCAUUAAUUAAUUCAUUGAACCAUCUGGCGUUCCUAUGCUCCACGUCGACCCUGAUAAGAGAGGCAAUGUCUCGUGACGGUGCGUUGGAGCGGUUGGUAUCAAUUUUACACGAAUGUUAUAUCCCUAUAACGAAUUUGCCACAGGUUAUGGUAUCUUCGGCACAGAAUCAAUCCAAUCCAUUACAAACGGUCAAGAGAGACAGACAUCUGGCAUAUUUAUCAUGGAAAUGGACGUUGGCUUAUCAGUGUUUGGUAUUGACUGGUACGAGAGGUACACUUGGUAUAAGAGAGCAAGUGGUGAAGUCCGGCAUAAUUCCGAUUAUUGCUACUGUAUUGGAUAACUAUAUGAUCUAUUGUAAGAAUUUCGAUUUCAUCAACAAUACGGCCAUUCCCUUUACGUUUAGUGAACUAGCAGAUUUGGAUUCGGAUCUAUUCCAGUUUACGGACGAUGAAUUGAGGAAAUCAAAUGAGAAAGUGGAUCCCAAGGACUCUUACUAUAAGGAUUUCAUAUCGAUGGAAAGGUUGAAAUUGUUAUUGGGACCCACCGAGAACCAAUUUGAAUUUGACUUGGAGAAUGUAGCUGGCCUACAUUUGAAACCUAACUUUAUUACAGAAUUGGAUACAGAUUGGCAAAGUCUUGCUCAAGAAGAGUUAUGUGUACCUUUACCGGGCUCUGCACUGGAAAAUGUCAUAAUCUUGCCACCAAGAAGAUUCUUUUUGGGUAAAGUGAUUCCAGAGCUAGAUGAUGUUACAUGGGCUGUACAACUUCUGGCAUUCUUGACUAAAAACACUGCGGUGAAGCCAAUACUACAGAAUACAAAUCUCGUCGGUACACUUUCGUUCAGGCCGAUUCUUGAGAAUGCAAAGAUCAGAAUGUCAAAAAAUAUGGAAUUGGACAUGACACCCCUAACGUUGCACGUUGCCGGCGAAGAAGAAGCGGAUGAUGAAGACGACGAUGAAUACGACGAAGAAACUGAUGAACCUCCGGAGGAUAAGAUGGACCUUUCACCAGACCUCACUUUAAUAGAAAAAUACUUCAAAGAGAUUGAGCAUCUUUGCCUUGUGAAAGACACCGAAGAGGAUGAAGAAUAUAACAACAACAAUGUCGAUAUAUUUGAUUUCAGGUUGAGGAAGGAGGAGUCGUUACAUGAUAAAUUCAAGGAAUAUUGCCAGCAGCAUGAAUUCUCGAAAGAAUUGACCGAUGAUGACUGGGAUAAGAUUUUCAAUAGUGACACAAUGAACCUAUUCGCCCUUGUAGAAAGGUUUACCGUCAAGGGCUCCUUAAACGAAAUCGUGCACUACUGGAGCUCCGUGGUAAUGAGAAACUCGUGCAGGAAACAUGAGGCUACAGGAGUCAGGCAGUGUGCUAAUUUCAGCUGUGGGAAAUGGGAAGAUCAUCCAAAACAGUUCCCCAAAUGUAGAAGGUGUAAGCGCACCAAAUAUUGCUCAAGACUGUGCCAACUGAAAUCAUGGGAAUUUCAUAGGUACUGGUGUCAAGAAUCAAACUCAACAAACACCACUGGAAAUAGUACAGGAGUUCAAACGCCUACCAGAGACGCUUCUGAAUCAGACACGGAUCCAGAACAUCAGAAUACCCAUCAUCACCACCAUCAUCAUCAACCGCAACAACAAAACCCAACAGAAGCUACAACAAUCCCUCCAACUACUCCUUCCACAACAGGCUUUGGAGAUACGAUCAUCCCAACACCAAAUACAACCACUGAGCGGUACCGAACACCAGGUGAUACCGAUCAUCACCUUAGCGAGGACACCUAA